GUUCACUGAUAAAUCGAUUCCCCGCCCUCAAAUAAAAUAUCGGAUCAUCUGUGCUACGGGAACAUUGUUCGCGGGUUCGCCGAACCUGACUAGUGGAUGUUGGGGAAAGGGGGGAAUGGUUCUAUUCGAUUUGUCGUUGUAUUGCUAAACUGUUGAGCGGGGAUUGUUCUUGGUUAGGCUAUGUUCGCUCAUAACCCCCAACAACAACCGCGGUAACUCACUCACUGCACGGUAGACAUAAGACUUUGAAAUUUCCUCUCUUUCACCUCCGCCUCCACUUUUCACACCUUAGGAUUAGUUCUACGGGUACCCUCUUGUUUGCAUUAUGAUCAGUCUGCAGCUUAAGCCAAGGGGUCGUUCUAUCAAAAAGCUUCCAUCUACAAUUGAACUUGAUCUUGCUACUGCUACUGCUGAAACCCUUUAUACCCGUUUGUCGGCACACACUGGACUCUCUAGAGAUAGGUUGCGAUUGACGAAGGGAAGCGAUGGCAGCGCUGUGACAGUAAAAAGGGAGAGUGGGAAGGAUAUUAUGGUUGAAGAGCUGGGGUUACGGGAUGGUAGCACGGUCUUUGUCAAGGAUUUAGGCCCACAAGUUGCCUGGCGUACCGUAUUCAUGAUCGAGUAUCUAGGGCCGCUCUUCAUUCACCCACUACUCCUUUAUAUUGUGCGACCUUAUAUCUAUUCGUCAUCCCCUCUCAACCCCCUCUCGUAUAUACCAUACGGUCCGUCACUCAAGCCUGAUCAAGACCUCCCUCCACCAACCCAGACGCAAGCACUCCUGUGCGCAUUGGUAGUUCUUCAUUUCCUCAAGCGCGAAUACGAAACCUUCUUUAUCCACCGCUUUUCGGGUACGAUGCCCUUCCGUUAUAUCUUUAGGAACUCCGCGCACUACUGGAUCCUUUCUGGAGUGAAUCUCGCUUAUUCCUUGUACACGCCUGCUGCCUCUCCGGCGGCAUCCUGGUGGCCGGCCGCAUUGAAUGCCGAUAACAAUCCUGCUGUGGUUUAUGGCAUGGUGGCGCUUUGGGUGUUUGCUCAGAUCUCCAACUUCAAAACUCACCUCACAUUGCGUAACCUUCGACCUGCCAAUAGUACCAAGAGACAGAUUCCCCAGGGAUAUGGGUUUGACUCUGUCACUUGCCCCAAUUACUCUUUUGAGGUUUUGUCGUGGGUUUGUGUUUGGGUGUUGAGCGGUGGAAAUUGGGCUGCUUCGUUGUUCACCCUUACUGGGACAACUGUAAUGUUCCUUUGGGCUCAAAAGAAGGAGAAGAGAUACAGAAAAGAGUUUGGCAGCACUUACAAGAAGAAGAGGAAUGUUAUGGUUCCGGGAAUUUUGUAAAGUUAAGAAAAAUGGCUACUUAUGAUUAGGAGGAGGGAUGUCGAAAAAGGCUAGUAAUACUGAGUUUCUCAUGGAUGAAAUCAACUAUCUCAUGGGAUGGUUGUGAGCGGUUGGCACAGGCAAAA